AUGGCGAGAAGAAUCGCAAGGCCAAUGCCGAAAACAACUCCAGACUUCUUAACAUCGCGCCACUCAACGACUAAGAUUUCAACAAGCACAGUGGAUUUUAAAGUAAAUAUUUUACCAUCAAAUCUGUCGAACAGCCAGCACGCUAAUGAAAGCACAAGCUUUGUUACCGGAGAGUGGCAUGCUUCAGACACAUGGAAGUUUAAAUUAUCAUCACAACGAAAAUUAAAUUAUAGUGAAAUAGCUGAAAAGAAUCUUUACAAACGUAAACAUUAA